AUCCACUCUAUUUCUCUCUGAAGUGUGAUGUAUCGUCACUAUCGUUUUACGUUAAUUGUUGAGUAACUAAAUGUUUUGCUGUAUAAAGAUACUGAAAUUAAAGAAAAUUAGUUGCUUGACAAUUAUUUAUUUAUACUUAUGACAGCGUAUGCUGUAUUUAACGGCUUUAUGGUUUCAAUUGUAUAGUUGAUAACUUAUAAUAUACUUGUGAUGGCUGUGUCGAAGUCUACGAAUACAUACAAUCGUCAGAAUUGGGAAGAUUCCGAUUUCCCGAUUUUAUGUCAAACAUGCCUUGGUGAUAACCCCUACAUUCGAAUGACUAAAGAGAAAUAUGGCAAGGAGUGUAAGAUCUGUGUACGCCCUUUCACCGUAUUUAGAUGGUGUCCGGGAGCAAGAAUGCGUUUCAAGAAAACAGAAAUCUGUCAAACAUGUUCAAAAUUGAAAAAUGUUUGCCAAACAUGCCUCUUAGAUCUUGAAUAUGGAUUACCAAUACAAGUCCGAGAUGCUGCUCUUAAAAUACAAGACGAUCUACCUCGUAAUGAGGUCAAUAAAGAAUAUUAUAUUCAGAACUUAGAUAGUCAAAUGUCUAAAUUUGAUCCAAGCCAGCCGAGCAAUUCCGCUCUGAAAUCAAAGGGUGCAUCAGAUCUACUGAUGCGGCUAGCUAGAACGGCUCCUUACUACAAGCGUAAUAGACCUCAUGUGUGUUCGUUUUGGGUUAAAGGAGAGUGUAGGAGAGGUGAGGAGUGUCCUUACCGACACGAGAAACCAACAGAUCCCGACGACCCCUUGGCAGAUCAAAAUAUUAAGGAUAGAUACUAUGGUGUAAAUGAUCCCGUGGCGGAGAAGUUAAUGCGUCGUGCUGCGGCUAUGCCAGCACUGCCACCUCCCGAAGACAGAACAGUUACUACAUUAUACAUCGGCAAUCUGCCGGAAAAUAUUACUGAAGAGGAAUUAAGAGGCCACUUCUAUCAAUAUGGUGAAAUAAGGUCAUUGACUCUAGUCCCGAGGGCUCAAUGUGCAUUUGUUCAAUAUACUACUCGGAGUGCGGCCGAGCAUGCAGCCGAGAAGACCUUCAAUAGGUUGGUGAUAGCUGGCAGGAGACUUGCCAUUAAGUGGGGAAAAUCACAAGGACGACAAGGUCCAUCGGAGGCUAUCGAGGCAGGUGUUCCAUUGGAGCCAGUUCCUGGUCUGCCGGCUGCUCUGCCACCACCACCUGCCUUCCUCCAUCCCUUCCCGCCACAGAUGCCGCCGCCGCCGAAUCGUCCGAACGACUUCUUCAAUCUGCAUCACUACGGCGGUCCUCGGGCGUGGGCCUGGCCUCCUCCCGGGCCUCCGCCUUCCCACCCCGCGCCCCCCGCGCCCAUGCACUACCCCAGCCAGGAUCCGUCAAGACUCGGACACGCCCACUCAGCGACGCCACAGACAUAAUAAAUAUUUUCCUCCCCAUCACAACCUUCCUUUUAUUUACAAUGAAAAUUACACCAGAGACAAUAAAUAUCUUUUGAAUAUUUAUAAAAAGUCAUUUCAUACAGCGUCCUCCAGAGUGCUCCAGCUAUUGAGGUGAUAUGUUAAAAAAUAUGAUGUCUAUGAUUAGAUGGGUGCCUAAGUCUACAGAUGAUGAACUCCAUAGACAAUUAAAUAUGUUUUAAUCUCAAUAGUUCCUUAGUAGUGGGCAUUAUACGUGAGAAUGUUACAUUAAAGAGAACUCUAGAUUUAACUAAUUGUUAUUUUUUUAUAUUUUCUGUAAAAUGUGAUUAUUUCAGACAUUAAAUAUUAUGAAUAUAAAUA